CAGCGAUUGCAUUGUGGGGAGGGAGACUGCGGCUCCUCCGGGACACACGCCUGGCGCUGCCGGCUGCUCCUUGAUCCCGGCCGGUGGCCCACCCAGGACAAUGCUCCCCACAGCCGUCCUGUGCCCGUCACCACUGCCCCGGGGCAGCUGAGCUGAGAUGCGCCUCCCUUGGUGUCACACCGCCUGGGCGAUGCCUCUGCCGCCGCAUGUCGCCGAGGGCCCCGCAGUGGCGCCCCGGCCUUCGCUGGGCACCCGCCUGCUGCUCAUGCUGCCGCUGCUGUGCCCACCCCUCGCCCCGACGCGGGCGCACCGCUUCUCGGCGCCCAACACCACCCUCAACCGCUUGGCGCUGGCGCCGGGCCAGGGCGCGCUCUACGUGGGCGCAGUGAACCGCCUCUUCCAGCUCAGCCCCGAGCUGCAGCUCGAGUCGGUGGCCGUAACAGGCCCAGUCCUCGACAGCCCAGACUGCGUGCCCUUCCGGGACCCUGCUGAGUGCCCGCAGGCCCGGCUCACCAACAACGCCAACCAGCUGCUGCUGGUGAGCGGCCGGGCCCGGGAGCUGGUGGCCUGUGGGCAGGUGCGCCAAGGCGUGUGCGAGAAGCGGCGCCUGGAGGAUGUGGCGCAGCUGCUGUACCGGGCUGAGGACCCUGGCGACGGGCAGUUCGUGGCUGCCAACGCGCCGGGGGUGGCCACGGUGGGCCUGGUGGUGCCCGGGCCGGGCCGGGACCUCCUGCUGGUGGCCAGGGGCCCGGGGGGCAAGCUGUCGGGCGGGGUGCCGCCCCUGACUGUGCGCCAGCUGGCUGGGCCGCAGCCCUUCUCCAGCGAGGGCCUGGGCCGCCUGGUGGUGGGUGACCUCUCCGACUACAACAACAGCUACGUGGCGGCCCUUGCUGACGCUCGCUCAGCCUACUUCGUCUUCCGCCGCCGCGGGGCUCGGGCGCAGGCCGAGUACCGCUCCUACGUGGCCCGGGUCUGCCUGGGAGAUGCCAACCUCUACUCGUACGUGGAAGUGCCCCUCACCUGCCGGGGCCACGGCCUUGUCCAGGCUGCCUCCCUUGCCCCAGGCGCCUUACUGGGCGCAUUUGCUGCAGGCCCGAGGGGGGCGCAGGCGGCCCUGUGCGCCUUUCCCCUGGCCGAGCUGGACGCGAGCAUGGAGCAGGCCCGGCGCCUUUGCUACACCGCGGGUGGCCGGGGCCCCAGCGGCAUGGAGGAAGCCACUGUGGAGUACGGCGUCACAUCGCACUGCGUCACCCUGCCCCCCGACUCCCCCGAGUCAUACCCCUGUGGCGAUGAACACACCCCGAGCCCCAUUGCAGGCCGCCAGCCCCUGGAGGCAGGGCCUCUGCUGCAGCUCGGACGCCCCAUCAGCGCUGUCGCAGCUCUCUGGGCAGACGGGCACACGAUAGCCUUUGUGGGGGACGUGCACGGCCAGCUGCAUAAGGUCUUUCUCAAUGGCACCAGAGGCCAGGUGUACCACUCACAACAAGUGGGGCCCCCGGGCUUGGCCAUCAGCCCUGACCUGCUGGUGGACAACAGCGGCAGCCACCUCUACGUCCUGACUUCGCAGCAGGUGGACCGGGUACCCGUGGCAGCCUGCCCCCAGUUCCCCGACUGCAGCAGCUGCCUCCAGGCCCGGGACCCGCUGUGCGGCUGGUGCGUCCUGCAGGGCAGGUGUACCCGCAAGGGCCAGUGUGGGCGGGCAGCCCAGCCCAACCAGUGGCUGUGGAGCUACGAGGACAGCCGCUGCCUGCACGUGCAGAGCCUACUGCCGGCUCACCACCCCCGCCAGGAGCAGGGCCAGAUCACCUUGUCUGUGCCAUGGCUGCCCACCCUUGCCGUGGAGGAAUACUUCCAUUGUGCCUUUGGAGACUAUGACAGCUUGGCUCACGUGGAAGGGACCCACGUGGCCUGUGUCACCCCUCCCCAAGACCAGCUGCCGCCUAACCCUCCAGGCACAGACCACGUCACCUUGCCCCUGGCCCUGAUGUUUGAGGACGUGGCCAUGGCUGCCACCAACUUCUCCUUCUACGACUGCAGUGCCACCCAGGCCUUGGAGGCAGCUGCCCCGUGCCGCGCUUGUGUAGGCAGCCUCUGGCGGUGCCACUGGUGCCCCCAGAGCAGCCGCUGUGUGUACGGGGAACGCUGCCCAGAGGGCGAGAGGACCAUCUACAGCGCCCACCAGGCGGACAUCCAGGUGCGUGGCCCAGGGGCUUGUCCCCGGGUCGAGGGCCUGGCAGGCCCCCUCCUGGUGCCCGUGGGCUGGGAGAGCCGUCUGGCCCUGCGCGUGCAGAACCUUCAGCAUUUCCGGGGCCUGCCUGCCCCCUACCACUGCUGGCUGGAGCUGCCCGGAGGACUGCAGAGGCUGACGGCCUCCUUGGAGGAGGUGGCCGGGGACGCGGGCCUCGUCCACUGCCAGGCCCAGCAGUUCCAGCCCCGCCUGGCCCGGCGGGAGCUGCUGGUGCCCAUCUACGUCACCCGGGGUGAGGGCCAGCGGCUGGACAAUGCCCGCACUCUUCAUGUCACCCUGUACGACUGUGCCGUGGGCCACCCUGACUGCAGCCACUGCCAGGCAGCCAACAGCAGCCUCGGCUGCCUGUGGUGCAGCCACGAGCAGCCCGCCUGUCGCUAUGGGCCGCUGUGCCCGCCUGGGGCCGUGGAGCCGCUCUGUCCCACACCCAGCAUCGACACAAUUGAGCCCCUGACUGGCCCCCCUGAGGGCGGCUUGGCCCUCACCAUCCUGGGCUCCAACCUGGGCCGGGACUUUGCCGACGUGCAGGACGCCGUGAGUGUGGCUGGCCAGCCCUGCAGCCCUGACCCCUCUCUCUACCGCAUCUCCGCCCGGAUUGUGUGUGUGACAUCUCCUGCCCCCAAUGGCACUGUGGGGCCAAUCCAAGUGGCCAUUAAGAGUCGGCCACCAGGCAUCUCAACCCAGCACUUCACCUACCAGGACCCCGUCCUGCUGAGCCUGAGUCCCCAGUGGGGCCCCCAGGCAGGGGGCACCCAGCUGACCAUCCAUGGGCAGCACCUCCAGACAGGAGGCAACGUCAGCGCGUUUGUGGGCAGCCAGCCCUGUCGUAUCCAGGAGCCGACGUGUCCUGAGGCCAUCGUGUGCCACACCAUGCCCCAGGCCAGCCCAGGAGAAGCUGUGGUUCGAGUGCUCUUUGGCCAUGUCCAGCGCACACUACUCGCCAGCCCCUUCCGCUACACCGCGGACCCCCAGCUCGUGGCAGCGGAGCCCAGCGUCAGUUUCCGGGGGGGCGGGCGACUGAUCCAAGUCAGGGGCACUGGCCUGGAUGUGGUACAGUGGCCCCUGCUGUCCGUGUGGCUGGAGGCCACAGAGGUGGCUGCUGUGGAGGUGCUGCCCUGGGACCCGACCCCAAGGAGGAGCUGUGGGGCUCCCGCUGCAGCCCCCCAGGCUUGUAUCCAGCUUGAGGGGGGCUUGCUGCAGUGCUCCACCAUCUGCUCCGUCAACUCGUCCAGCCUCCUCCUGUGCCGCAGCCCUGCGGUGCCAGACGGGGCCAGCCCCCGGCGGGUCUUCUUCAGCCUGGACAACGUGCACGUGGACUUCGCCAGUGCCAGCGGGGGCCAGGACUUCCUGUACCAGCCCAACCCCCGCCUGGCCCCCCUCAGCCGCGAGGGGCCCACCCGCCCCUACCGCCUCAAGCCAGGCCACAUCCUGGACGUGGAGGGUGAGGGUCUCAACCUGGGCAUCAGCAAGGAAGAAGUGCGCGUGCACAUCGGCGAUGGCACGUGCCUGGUGAAGACACUCACGCUCACCCACCUGUACUGCGAGCCGCCCGCGCAGGCCCCGCAGCCCACCAAUGGCUCCGGCCCCCUGCCGCAAUUCGUGGUGAGGCUGGGCCCUGGGUGCAGGGGGGGCAGGUGGAGCACGGAAGGCCUGCCCUCAGGAGCCCUGCCCCCACCCCAGGUGCAGAUGGGCGACGUGCGCCUGGCGCUGGGCCCCGUCCAGUAUGAGGCUGAGCCUGUGCUGUCCGCCUUCCCCGUGGAGGCCCAGGCGGGCCUGGGCUUGGGCGUGGCUGUGCUGAUCGCCGCCGUGCUCCUCCUUACCCUCAUGUACAGGCACAAGAGCAGGCAGGCUCUGCGGGACUACCAGAAGGUUCUGGUGCAGUUGGAGAACCUGGAGAUCGGCGUGGGCGACCAGUGCCGAAAGGAGUUCACAGACCUGAUGACAGAGAUGAGUGACCUCAGCAGCGACCUGGAGGCCAGCGGGAUCCCCUUCUUGGACUACCGCACAUACGCCGAGCGCGUCUUCUUCCCUGGGCGCGGCAGCUGCCCGCUGCAGCCUGUCCUCGAGGGGCCCGGGGAAGAGGGCCGCCGCACGCCCGUCCGCCAGGGCCUCAUGCAGCUCUCCAACCUGCUCAACAGCAAGCUCUUCCUCCUUACACUCAUCCGCACCCUGGAGGAGCAGCCCGGCUUCUCCCAGCGGGACCGCUGCCACGUGGCUUCACUGCUGUCCCUGGCACUGCACAGCAAGCUCGAGUACCUGACUGACAUCACAAGGACGCUGCUCGGAGACCUGGCCGCCCAUUACGUGCACAAGAACCCCAAGCUCAUGCUGCGCAGGACGGAGACCAUGGCGGAGAAGCUGCUCACCAACUGGGUGUCCAUCUGCCUCUACACCUUCCUGAGGGAGGUGGCAGGUGAGCCGCUGUACAUGCUCCUCCGGGCCAUCCAGUACCAGGUGGACAAGGGCCCAGUGGAUGCCGUGACGGGCAAGGCCAAGCGGACUCUGAACGACAGCCGCCUGCUGCGGGAGGACGUGGACUUCCGGCCCCUGACGCUCAUGGUGCUGCCUGGCCCGGGUGCUGGGGGGGCCACGGGGAGCAGCGCGGCGCAGUGUGUGCCCGCCCGGGUGCUCGACACGGACACCAUCUCCCAGGUCAAGGAGAAGGUGCUGGACCAAGUCUACAAGGGCACCCCCUUCUCCCAGAGGCCCUCAGCGCACACUCUAGACCUUGAGUGGCGCUCAGGCCUGGCUGGUCACCUAACCCUGUCGGACGAGGACCUGACCUCAGUGACUCAGAACCACUGGAAGAGACUCAACACCCUACAGCACUACAAGGUCCCGGACGGAGCCACUGUGGGGCUCAUCCCGCAGCUGCACAACGGAGGCGCCGUCUGCCAGAGCCUGUCCCGGAGCUGCCCCCCUGGCGACAACAUGCCCAUGCUGGACGACAGUGAGGAGGGUGGGGUCCGCCUCUGGCACCUGGUGAAAGCCACUGAGGAGCCGGAAGCAGCCCAGGCACGGCGCAGCAGCCUGAGGGAGCGGGAGCGGGAGCGGGAACGGGCGCGGGCCAAGGCCAUUCCAGAGAUCUACCUCACCCGCCUGCUCUCCAUGAAGGGCACACUGCAGAAGUUUGUGGACGACACCUUCCAGGCCAUCCUCAGCGUGAACCGGCCCGUGCCCAUCGCUGUCAAGUACCUGUUUGACUUCCUGGAUGAGCUGGCUGAGAAGCAUGGCAUCGAGGACCCGGAGACCUUGCACAUCUGGAAGACUAACAGCCUGCUGUUGCGGUUCUGGGUGAACACCCUGAAGAACCCACAGCUCAUCUUUGACGUGCGGGUGUCGGACAACGUGGACGCCAUCCUCGCCGUCAUCGCCCAGACCUUCAUGGACUCCUGCACCGUCUCAGAGCAUAAAGUGGGCCGGGAUUCCCCAGUGAACAAACUGCUCUACGCCCGGGAGAUCCCUCGCUACAAGCAGAUGGUGGAGAGAUACUACUCUGACAUUCGCCAGAGCUCUCCGGCGAGCUACCAGGAGAUGAACUCGGCUCUGGCCGAGCUCUCUGGGAAUUACACCUCCACCCCCCACUGUCUGGAAGCCCUGCAAGAACUCUACACCCACAUCCACAGGUACUACGACCAGAUUCCUCAGGGAGGUCUGGCUCCCCAGGCUGCUACUGAGCUGGAGGCAGGGCAGGGCCACUGGCCGAGGGCCGGGGCCUCAGGCGGGGCGCCUCCCCUGCCUUGGCAGGUCAUCAGUGCCCUGGAGGAGGACCCUGUGGGCCAGAAGAUGCAACUGGCCUGCCGUCUGCAGCAGAUUGCCGCCCUGGUGGAGAACAAGGUGACUGACUUGUGAGUUCGGGCAGCAGCAGGACCUGCCAUCUCAAUGCCUUCCCUGCCUCGACCCAGCAGGAGCCCUGGAUGCAGCCAGCGACCCAGGAGUGGCCGGCAGAGAGUGGGAGGGGCUCCCUGCUGCCUCCGCCCCGCCCCACCACCCUUCCCUCCUUCCCUGCCUGGGCUUCUUUCUAAUUUAUAGCGACCCUUUCUCCCUCCCCCACUGUAUUUAUGUGCUUGCUGGAGCAUCACAUCUGGAAAUAAAAUAGAAAUGUCUUUUUAGAAAAAGCCCAAUGCCCAGCCCCGCCUUCCCCCCCGUGAGUCUCCUCGGUGCCCUGGCACAGCCCUCCCCUCGGCGCCACAGCUAUGACUUCCCUACCUGCGAAAAAGAGGACCCCGAGGCCUUGCUCUCCCCUGACCCCUGCGGGAAAGGUGCUCCUGCUC